CGGGACUUAAACCUUGUAUCCACGAUGCUAUAGAAAUUGAUUCGAGAUCUCGGAUGGAAAGAGAAUUGACCAAUUGCGUUUGAAUAAUUCGAUCAAUUAACCAAUGUGAUUGAUCACAAGGACUAGAUCUUUUAGAUCUAAAAAAUAUAUCAAUCGAAGACGAGAGUUCAGCAAGCACGCGAAUCCAGUUAGCAAAUCAGCAGGAAAAAAAGUAUUGUGGCUUAAGGAUGCCGUCACAUACGGCGUAACUUGCAUAAGCGUAAUCUGCGUAUUUUAGUAUUUUAUUAAAACACGUUAUGCCAUUCUGAAAGCCUUCUUUCACAUAGAGUAUUUCGCGGAAUUUCGAGAAAUGCGUAAUUAAUAUAACCUAUUGCUGAUUAGAGUUUCUGUUGUACUCUCUAACAGAAAUGCUAAACUAAUUUGUGAUUGGUUUUUGUAAUCUGCGUAUCUGGAAAAGUACGCUUCAUGGGGAACCGAGACUUUAUGUAUGAGUAUGUGUACGAACAAGUCAAAUAGAUGUGAACCUAAUCUGUGAGAAUGUAUUCAGAAGUCAUUAUGGACCUGUUGUUAUUAAAAAUAUGGAAGCGGUAGCAAAAGUGGAAGAAGAAACAAUCUCAACAACAAAAUUAGACGAUAUAAUAUUUUAAAAUUGUUUGGAAUAUGGAAACUAAUGGUAUACCAACAGGAAAAACCUCGUUAUAGAAUGUGGGUGCGUUCGAUAUUCGCAGAAAAACGAAGAUUAUUACAGGAUUCAGCGUAACAAUAAUAGCGUAAAGUAACUAGGCGGAAUUUGAUGUUCAAGUGAAAUAUGAUUGAUCGGCGCAAGUUACGCUUACGCAAGUUACGCCGCAUGUGACGGUACCCUUAAGGCUUACUACUCCUAUUGUAAACGGACCUUGAACGAUUCACUCACAUCACACUCGAAUCGAAACGCAUUUUUAACUCGCGAGAUAUCGCGACGUUCUCUUGUCGGGAAAAAUUUAUUCUCCCGCCAAAACUUGUAGAACCAUCGCGGGACGAAAACAGACGAAAGUCUUUUCUGAUAAACACGAUAUUUAGGGAAAGAAUAAUGGAUGAUUCGCAGCCAUCCACAUCUGGUAGAUCCAGGCGUCAGAAAAUUGAUAAAACUGGCAGGUUUUCGGCUCUGGAAAGAUUAAAGGAAGCUCGAAGUGGUAACAAGCGCAAAUACGAAGUUGAAGAGAUAGAGAAUGUUUAUGAUGAAGUAGAUGAGAAAGAAUAUAGUAAUACUGUUUUGAAACGUCAACGAGAUGAUUGGAUAAUCGAUGAUGGAGAAAGUGGUUAUAUAGAAGAUGGAAGAGAAAUUUUUGAUGACGAUCUGGAUGAAAAAAGCAUUCAAGAGGCAAGGAAACAGAGAUUUAAUAUGGCUGGCCCUAGAAAAAAAAGAAAGGAAGAAGAUAAGAAGAAAGGAAAUAUUCAAAGUAUGAUUAGAAAUAUGCCUUCUAAGAAGGAUGCUAUUGUACCAAUCAAAGAUGAUGAUAUUUUGGGAGAACUGCUCAGCGAGAUUUCUGAGAAUAAAAAAAUAACAAAUAGCCCUAAACCAGGAAGCAACAAAAACAAAUUUUGUCAUACUAUUCAUUCUGAUGUUACACAAACAUAUCAAUCUUCAUCUACAAAUCAAAAAGCUGACAAGAUAAUAUGUGAAAAGACAGAAGAGAAAAAUUCUACAAUAUAUGACAGUAUUGCAGAAAGUGCAAGUCUGAUAAUUGAAGAUGAUGAUAUUGCAUUAUUUGAUGCUCCACAAGAAAAGAAUAUAGAAAAACCAAAAGAAUUAAAUAAUUGUUUCAAAGUUGAGAGAAAAGAAUUCAAAUCAGAUGGUCAAGACACUAAAAAAAUAGAAUCCAAUACUAUGCAAACUGCAAGUCAGAUUAUUGAGGAUGAGCCUAGUCCUACGAUGGAUCUUAAUGAAUGUGUUGGAGAUCUGUCAACUAUAGAUUUCGAUGAUGGAAGUAUGGACAUUGACUUUUCGUCAUCGGCUGACAUUAAAUCUCAGAAAAAUAAAAUAGACAUACAAAAAAAUACAUGUAAAACUUCCAUUAAAAGUAUGAAAAUUGGUCUUGCCGUUGACUUGAUAGCGCCACAACUAGUCAAAACGAAAGAUGAAGAGGAGGUAUUCAGGUUUUAUUAUUUGGACGCAUAUGAAAACCCUUACAAGAAUCCUGGAACUGUAUAUCUGUUCGGCAAGACCUAUGUACCAAGUCAUGAUACAUAUUGUUCAUGUUGCGUUAUGAUACAUUGUAUUCCAAGGAGAAUAUAUCUUUUGCCUAGAAAAUAUAUAAAAACUUCAAAGAACGACGAAUCACAAAUAACUACUAUGGAAGAUGUGUAUAAAGAAUUUGAUGAAUAUGCUAAUAAAGUGCGUAUAAUGGAGUUUAAUUGUAAAGAAGUGAAGAAGCAUUAUUCGUUUGAAAAAGAAGGUACACCGAAAACUUCAGAUUACUUGGAAGUCAGAUAUAAUGCGCGCUAUCCAGCAAUCGAUGCCGACUACUCGGGUCGAGCAAUAGAACGUGUUUUUGGCACCACAGUGAAUGCAUUAGAGCUGUUACUUAUAGAACGAAAGAUUAAGGGGCCUUGUUGGUUGGAUGUUAAGAAUAUAUCGCCUACCGUAGGACGAUUUGCUUGGUGUCCACAGAUAGUAGUUACUUCAGACAUGGAGAAUAUAUCGCUGUGCUCCCAAGAAAAAGCUAAGCCUCCAAUAAUAACAGCAACUCUCAAUGUAAGAAUGUCUUUGAAUGCAAAACUACAAAAUGAACUAGUGAUGGUUGUUGUGUUAAUUCAUCAUAAGUAUAAUGUCGAUAAGGAACCACCAAAGCCGCCUUAUGAUCGUCAGUUUUGUUUUGUCACACAUCCACGAGACACUCCGUGGCCGCGACAAAUUCGUGAUACUUUUCUAAAAGUGCCGAAUGUCGAAAUAAUAAAAUGUGAAACCGAAAGCGAGUUACUUGAAGAAUUAUUAACUUUAAUGCAGAAAGUGGAUCCCGAUUUAAUAAUAGGCUACGAUUGUGCAUUCCAAUUUGACGUUUUAAUGCAGAGAAUGUUUGCCUUGAAGGUAUCUAAUUGGAACAGAAUGGGAAGAUUGAAGUCAACAACUCCUCCUCUACUUAGAGGAAAAAUAAUCCUUAAUCAAGCGUUUGUUGGUCGCCCGAUUUGUGAUAUACAAAUCUCAGCAAAGGAAUUAAAUUUAAAAGUUAGAAGUUACGAUCUCCAAUCACUUUGUAGUGCAGUAUUAAAAACAAAAGAACAUGAAUGUAGAGAAAUCACACCAGCGGAAACUUCAUCUUUCUACAAUACAGCAGACAAAAUGUUAAAUCUAAUACAUAUAACAUUAAAAGAAGCGAAAUAUAUUAUAACUAUAGUGAUGGAUCUCAACAUUAUACCGCUAGCACUUCAAAUCACUUGUUUAGCAGGUAAUAUUUUAUCGAGGACAUUGUUAGGUGGAAGAGCGGAAAGAAAUGAAUAUUUGUUGUUACAUGCCUUUAAUUUAAAAGAUUACAUAACGCCAGACAAACGAAUUGAAAAGAAAGGACGAGACGAUGAUGGUCCCCGUAGAAAAGCUGCAGCAUAUACUGGCGGUCUGGUACUUGAUCCAAAGAAAGGUUUCUAUGACAAGUUGGUAUUGUUGAUGGAUUUCAAUUCUUUGUAUCCGAGUAUCAUACAAGAGUACAACUUGUGUUUCACCACCGUUCCUGGUGCGGCGUAUUCUGACGUUGAGCAAUUGAGUAUUCCUGAGUUGAAUCUGGAGCCAGGAGUGAUUCCAACAGAAAUUCACAAGUUAGUUAAAAGCAGACAACAAAUCAAACAACUCAUGAAAACACCAAAUUUAUCGCCGGAACAGAAAAUGGACUACCACAUCAGGCAAAUGGCGUUAAAACUUACUGCCAAUUCCAUGUAUGGAUGUUUGGGGGCGACGCAUUGUCGAUUUUAUGCGAAAGGUCUCGCUGCUUUAAUAACAGCUAAAGGUCGGGAGAUUCUGGAAGACACGAAACACUUGGUCGAAAAAUUGCAAUAUGAAGUAAUUUAUGGCGAUACUGAUUCCCUGAUGAUAAAUACUAACAUUUUAGAAUACGAUGAUGUAUUUUCAAUCGGCAGAAAGAUUAUGCGCGAAGUUAACAAUCGAUACAAAAAAGUUGAAUUAGAUAUCGAUGGAGUAUUCCGAUAUUUAUUGCUCUUACAAAAGAAGAAAUAUGCUGCAGUUACAAUGUCGAAAUUGCCAAACGGUCAGAUACAAUUGGCACAAGAACAUAAAGGUCUCGAUAUUGUAAGAAGAGAUUGGUGUCCAUUGGCCUGCGACACUGGAAAAAAAGUUUUGGAUACACUUCUCUGUGAUCAGUCGAGUGAAACGCGUCUAGAGCAAGUCAUACAAAUCCUGCAGAACGUUGCAAAAAAUGUGAAAGAAGGAACAGCACCACUGUCAUCAUUUGUUAUCACUAAACAAUUGUCAAAAAAUCCAGACGCAUAUCCAGAUAAAAAGCAACUGUCUCACGUUAUGGUGGCACUUAGAUUAAAUAAAGCAGGUGGACGGAUGUGGAAAGCUGGUGACACAUUGCCAUAUGUUAUUUGCGAGGAUGGAACUGAUGCGAGCGCGACGGAACGAGCGUAUCACAUUGACGAAGUGAAGAAUAAUGAGAAAUUAAAGGUGGACGUUAAUUAUUAUCUGCUGAGUCAAAUAUUUCCUGUAAUCUUACGAAUCUGCGAACCAAUUGAGGGUAUCGACGAUGUUUUUCUAGCCAACAAUUUAGGUUUACAAUUUGUUUACAAACCUAAGACAAUAGCGUGCGAAGCAACUUUGACUUUACCAUUGGCUAUCAAUGAUGACAGAUUCAAUAAUUGCCUUCCCUUGACGUUUAAAUGUAGAAACGAGCGAUGUAAUACGGAAAUAAUAAUUAAGGAUACUGUUACAGAAUUUCAUUCUGGUCGGCAAUUAUCACUUAGCAUGUGCCCCAAUCAGGAUUGUAAAUUACCACCUUGGAGAUAUGCAAAAGUGAUACAAAAUGUAGUUCAGCUUGCCAUGAGAAAGGCAAUUACUAAGUACUAUAGUGGUUGGUUGGAAUGUGAGAAUCCACUUUGUUCCAACAAAACGAGACAAUUGCCAUUAGAUUUCGCAAAAAAAUAUCCAGAUUGUCCGAUGUGCAAAGAUGGUUCCUUGAACCGAAUUUAUUCUGGGACAGAUCUUUAUAACCAAUUGUACUAUUAUCAUAAAAUGUUUGAUAUCACUCAACCAGUUUACAAACAUCUGCUGACUCAAUGUCCGCGAGAUAUGAUAGCCGCGUACAACACAUUGAAAGAGGCGGUUCACAGACAAUUGAAACGAAGUAAAUUCUCGAGUGUAAAUCUCACAGGAAUAUUCAGCAGUAUCGGUGUCAAUUUCACAGAAACGUUUGUUACUGCUGGUUCGCGAGAGGAUUUCGAUGAAUUGGAAGAUCUGUCCGAUGACACAGAUAAAGAAGUUUAAGGAGAAACAUAUCGAUUAUCUAAGAAAUAAGAUACAAAUCAAAAAGACUGUUAGGGAAAACAAAUUAGAUUAUCUUUAUUCUUAUA